AUUGAAUUGUGUGCUGAGAACUGCGACUACAUAUGCCGAGUCCCUUCCCCUCUGCAUUUUUCCUAUCCUUCUACUCCAUCUCCUCGUCAUCUGAAUCGCCCCCCAAAGUCUCGUCCCUCGGCACGACGAGCUCGAACAGCUCCUCGUCCUCCUCGUCAUCGCUCUCCAGGGUGGCCUCGUAAGCCCCGGUGCGCGUUGCCGCAAUGGCUUCGUCGCAAAAUUGCUGGCCCUUUUGGGCGUGGCGCAGGUGGGAUGCCUUGUGCGACGCCUUCUCCUCCGUCUUGUCCUCCUCGUCCUCUAUGAGAGCACGUCGGCUGCGAAGAAGGAAGAGGAGGGCGGCAAUGUACUCGGCGCUCUGCGCCUCCAGGAAUCGCCUACGUCGGUCUCGAGAGCGAAACUUGCUGAGCUCGUCGGCAGAGAGUUUAGGAGGGGCGACGGCAGCGGGAGCCAAGUUGUUGUUGGCGGGAAGGAGCUCGAUGGGAGGCUUGUUGGGGACCGCCUUCCAAGCCUGGCGUCGGUUGUACAGCCGAAUGUACGACGCUAAGCCUCUGCCGUCGAUUGCCUUUUGUAGAGCCUGCUGACGGUUCCUCGCCCUGCGUCGAUGAGGAUAUAGAGAGUGUAGUUUGUGGAUGUCGGCGAGCGAGGGGACGUCGCCCUGAACAAUCAGGAAUGUGAGAUCCUCCCCGUCUGGGCCUACGCUGUUACCAUGGGCCUCGGUGAGGGCGCCGCCGCGAAAGCCAGCGUCG